AUGCCGCAACUGACUGAGCCGGCAAAUUUACCUCCACCUCCAUAUAACUCUUCUACGUCUAUUUUCCAAAAUACUACCAUCCGCCAGACCAUUCGAGUCACCCAGCCAGGUGACGAGAUCCGUGUACGACUCUCUAAUGCAUUUGGCUUGGACGAUCUGUCCAUCACCAAGGUAGCUGUUAGCCUAUCGGCAGGCCAAAAGCUCGGAACGAGUAUAGUCCAACCCAAUACCACGAAAGAGGUAGCCUUCAGUGAGAGACCAGAUGCCAUUAUCCCGAACGGAGGUCUGGUCGUUUCAGACCCGAUCAACCUCUCAGUGAAAGCGCAAGACACGCUCACGAUCGACAUCUAUUUGCAACACGGCCAAAGUGGAGGAGCUAUUACAUCACACCCUGGAAGUCGAACAACAUCUUGGAUGAGUUUCGGAAACUGGGUUGGGAGGACUAAUUUCACAGAUUCUUCCGUCAACAGCGUCGAUCACUGGUACUUCAUCAGCGCCAUCGAAGCUCUCCUCCCACCCACAGCCCGCAGCUGCGCCCUGGUCGGCGACAGCAUCACAGACGGCCGAGGAAGCGACACCAACAAAAACAACCGCUGGCCCGACCUCCUCCUUGCCAAAAUGCAACAAAACCCAAAAACCACCUCAAUUGCCCUCCUCAACCAAGCCGCAGGUGGCAACCGAAUCCUCGCCGAUGGCCUUGGUCCCAACGUACUGGCUCGCCUUGACCGAGACGUCCUCGCCCAAUCCGGCGUUCAGUACGCCAUUGUUUUCGAAGGUGUAAAUGACAUCGGAGUCGCAGAUACCGAUCCAGCAUCGCAAGAGAAAAUCGGUGAUAAACUUAUCGCCUCGUACCAGCAGAUCGUAACGCGUCUGCACGCUGCGCAAAUCCCGGUGUUCGGCGCCACGAUAACGCCCUUUGGGGCUCCUGGUAAUGCUUCAAAUACGCAGCCUUACUCGGAUCCUGAGCGGGAGAAGACAAGGCAGCGCAUUAAUGAGUGGAUAAGGACGAACGGUCUUUUUGACGCGGUUUUGGAUUUUGAUCGAGUGCUUAGAGAUCCUGAGGCACCGUCUCGACUUAAAAGCGAAUAUAACUCCGGGGAUUAUUUACAUCCAAAUGCAGCUGGGUAUCAGGCUUUGGCGGAUUAUUUUCCGCUGGGGUUAUUUGAGGAGUUUGGAAGAUUAAAUUAG